GUUUAAGAAAAGCAUUAGCACGCGGUUAAGCCCAUAGCACCUGGUACCUUAUAGUGAUGUUGUCUACAGGCGUGGUGGCGUUGCAACAGAAGACCUAGCCAGCUUUCUUUAGGCGCCUGUGCUUAUCCCGUUAAGCUAUACUCCCGAGCAGAUUCUAGCGUUAGCUACUUAAGGGCACGUUAUUGUCAAGCCUUGUGUGCGAACUUUCCUAGUGACGAAAUUCAGCCUUGGGCAGCGGCCUGUUGCACGCUGCUCGACCAUAGUUGAUUGAUGGAGCACCUUGUUCUUUCAUAACAACAGGCCCGCUUGAAGGGCUCAGCCAGAGCCCUGACGCCGCCCCGCGGCGGCAGGGCUUGUUACGAGGAUGAAUCUGGACUUAGACGAGCUAGAUAAGCAGCGAGCGCAGCAAGGCCGUGCCUUUAAACCUGCGUUAAAACCCGUACAGCGUCCUCGGCCAUCGCUGCAACAACCCGGCGCACCGUCACCCGCAGCAGCAGCAGCCCCGACAGCGGCAGCAGCAGCGGCUCCGCAACCCUCCUCCGCUCCCGCUCCCCCUCCCCAGCGGCCCGCACCCUCCCACCCGACGCCUCACGGCAACGGCGCCCCACCAGCAGCACCCUCCAGGGCAGCGGCGCCGGCUGCAGCGGCUGCUCCUCCCUCCUCCUCUGCACCCCCGCGUCCCAGCGCUCCACCGCAGCCGCCCGCGCCUGCAGGUCCGGCUGCUGCCCCAGCUCCUGCCCCAGCAGCAGCCGCAGCAGCAGGCCCCGCCGCCGGCAGCCUGCUGGGCAGCAGCCUAGAUGACCUGCUGGCCAUGUCCUCCCAGCCGCGGCAAACCAAGUUCGCACCCUCCGCUGCCGGACGGAAACCACGCCCCUCCGCUGCGGACGUGCCGGCGCCUUCACAGCCGCCACAGUCACAGCCGCGACCGCCCCCCGCGCUGCGGGGCCCGGGCAGCGGAAAGGGCUCCGCAGCGGAGGCGGCGCCGCUGCCCGCCAGCGAGGUGGCUGCCGGCCUAUCGCAGCCGUCUGCGGGCUUCAGCGCCUCCCAGCAGCCGCCCGCACCGCACCCGCCCUUCAUGGACGGCUCGCAGCCGGUGCUGCCCGCCACCCAGUCGCAACCCCUGGACUGGGCUGCGGCGGCGGCAGUACCGGGCCCCGCCUCGCAACCGCAACCACAGCAACCGCAGCAGCAGCAGCUCAGUGAGCGAGGCCAGGGUGGGGCAGGCGCGGGCAGCAGCGCUGGGGCAGCCUCGCAGCUGAGGAGUGAGUCGACGGCGGCUGUCGAGACCAACACGCGGCGGCGGCAGGGGGAAGCAACGGCACCGGCUGCUGCUGGCCCCUCUUCCUCCUCGCUGUCGCCACCACCGCCACCCUCGCAGCAGCCGCAACAGGUGGUGGUGGGUCUGCUGGGGGGACUGGAUGCGGAUCUGGAUGCGCUGCCCAAGCAGCAGCGCAGGGCGGCGCCCACAGUGGCAGCGCGACGGAGACCCGCGGCGGCGACGACGGCGGCGGCGGCACCGCCAGCAGCAGCAGCCGCACCGCCGCCGGCGUCCCAGCCGGCAGCGGCGGCGGCGGCGGCGGCGGCUCCCGCCGCUGCGGCCACGCUGGCUAAGGCGAGCGCAUCACAGCCGGAGGCGGACUCAGCGGAGCAGCCCGGGCCGUCCACUGCAGCCGCUCAGCAGCCGCAGCAGCGACAGGGGGAUGUGUCGGCACCCGGCGGAAGCGCUGCGGCUGAUGCGGCGGGUGCCUCCGCUGCUGCUGCUGCCCCCACUCGACCCCUGGUCGGCCGCUCCUUGCGGGAUCCCCGGCUUCGGAGGGCCGCGGAGGCAGCUCCGGGCCCGCAGCCCGCCACCGCCCCGGCAGCAGCAGCAGCAGCGGCCGCUCCUGCUGCGGACACCGCCACAGCGGCGCCAGGGGAGGCGCCUCCUCCUCCGGCACGGCAGCGGCCAAGCCGCCGGGCAGUAAACGCCGUGUCGGCGGGGGGGAGUGGGAACUUGCGUGACCACCAGGCGAGUGUUGAAGGGGAGGAGGAAGAAAAACAAGAGGAGGAGCCAGUACCCGCCAAGCGCCGCAGGACCUCACGGGCCACGGCUGCCGUUGCCACGCCGGCGGCGGCAGCGGCGGCGGCGCCAGCUGCCAGGGCAUCAGGGCGCCGUAUGGCUGCUACUGCUGCUGCUGUACCGGCAGCGGCAGUGGCUGGGCAGAGGGGCGGUGCAGCGGUGCCCCCAGCAAGGGAGGGGGAGGCCGCUGGGCGGGGUGGUCGGGUGGGGCGCAUGACGCGGGCAGCGGCUGCUGCUUCGGCGGCGGCAAAGGCGGGUAGUCCGUUUGGUGACUCAGGCGGGGAGCAGCCGGCGCCUUCUUUGUCGGGGGCGACCCAGCAGUUGGAGGCGGAGGAGACGGACGCGUCGCAGGGGCGCAAACGCGCUCGGGCGCGAACAGGGGCGCAGCAAAAGCAGCCGGAGGAAAAGGAGGAAGCGGAGGGGGCGGAAGCGGAGGAAGGGGCGGAGGAGACUGACGUGUCACCCGCUCGCAAGCGCUCCCGCAAGGCAGCUCCCAAACCCCGAGGGCGGCCGCAACCGCAACGCAGUGCACGACAGCAGCGGCAGCAGCAGCGGCGACGAAGACAGCAGCAGCGUGACGAUACUGAUGAUGGUGACGACGAUGAUGAUGAGGAGGAGGAGGAAGAGGAAGACGAGGAGCCGGAGGCGGCGCAGGCAGUGGCGGGGCCGUCUGCCGCCCUGCCGGCUGCCGCUCCCCCGCCGCCGCAGCAGCAGCAGCAGAUGGCGCUGCUGGCGAGUCGCAUGGCUGCCGCGCAGGACAGCGUGCGGCUGAUCUUCCGCCUCACGCAGUCCGCCGCCAGCCAGACCACCAAGCGGGGCGCGCUGGGCUGGGUGCGGCUGCUGGCGACACUGCGGGGGCGCAUCGAGCAGGAGCGGGUGGCGCGGCUGCAGGAGGCCUCUGAGGUCAGCGAGGAGGAGGAGGAGGAGGAGGAGGAGGAGGAGGAGGGCGAGGAGAACCUGAACCGCGCGCUCAUCCUGCACCCGGACGCGCAGGCCCUCACUCGGGGCGCCAAACGCACCCGCGGCCGCCGCGGCAGGGGCGCCGCAGGAGCAGGAGGUGGGGCCAGGAGGCGCCGCGCAGCUGGAGCAGCGGAGGCAGGGGAUCAGGUGGUUGGGGGGGACGCGGGCGCGGGGCCCAGCGGCGGCAGCAGCCUGCCCCAGCGGCGGCGGCGGCGGGCGGCGGAUGUGGACGGGGGCGCUGAGGACGGUGGUGGCCCCGCGAGGCGGCGGGGCGGCGGGCGACCCAUGUCUGCAGCAUCGUUGUCGGCGGCCGCCCGGGCUCGGGAGACGCGGUACCGGCGGGAGAUGGAGAGCAAGGCGCUGGCGGAGGCGGGCCUGGCCAUAGAGCCACUCCCCACGGUUGACCCCUCGGAGCCCAUCGACCCGGAGACCUGGUCGCUCCGCCGCAUCAUUGCGCGCACUCAGGCCUGGGAGAAGGCCAAGAUCGCGGAGGAGAAGGCCGCAGCCAAGGCAGCUGCCAUCAAAGCGGCAGCGGAGGGCGCGGCUGCCGCUGCUGCCGCUGGAACAGCAGCGGCCGCUGCCGCCGCCCUCCCCGGCCCCUCCGCACCCCCGCCCCGCCCCUCUGCCGGCGGCGGCGGCAGCGGCGCUGCUGCCCCCCAGGUUCGUAUUGUGGACGGGCAGCUGGUGGUGGACGCGGCCAGCCUCACCGUGAACGCGCAGCAGCGGGACGACUUGGAGGGCUAUGCGCGCGUGGAGGAGGACACGCGGCACGUCACCUCCUUCACCUACAUGAAGCGGCUGGGGCCGGCGAGGUGGAGCGAGGCCGACACCGCGCUGUUCUACCGCGCGCUUGCGGCGUUCGGGACGGACUUUUCUCUGAUCUGCCUGCUGUUCCCGCACAUGCAGCGCGCGCAUGUGAAGCGGAAGUUUACGAAGGAGCUGCGGGAGAACCCGGGGAAGGUGAACGCGGCCCUGGCGGGUCAGGGCCAGGCGGCGGGUGCCCGCGGGGUGAGCAAGGCGCAGCUGUUGGAGCAGGUGCGCGCGCGCAUCGCCGCAACGCAGGCGGAGCAGGCGGCGGCGCAGGGAGGCACGGGGGCAGCGCUGCCGGCGCCGUUGCAGGCGCAGCACCAGCACAUUGUGGUGGCAGGGCAGGAGGGGCUAGCGGAACCGGCAGCUGCAGCAGCGGGGGGAGCAGCGGCAGCUGCGGCAGCUGGAGUCCCAGCAACUCGGGUGGACGGGGCGGCGACGGCGGCAGCAGCAGCGGGGGUGGCGCCAGCUGCGUAUGAGGUACCGGGAUUGGCGAGCAGGGC